AUGGGAGCUAUUGCGCCACCCCGAAGCAUAGGAGGCUCAAGGGCUGGCUUUGUUAGGGCUGAGAGUAUGAAGUCCGAUUCUAAGAGUUUGAUCAAUGGAGUCUCGAAAAGCAAGAAGAAAAAGAGUAAAUCUAAAUCAAAGUCCAAAUCCAAGUCCAAGUCCAAGUCCAAGUCAAAAUCGAAGGGCAAGACUGAGGGCGAGAAAUCCGAGGAUGAGGAUGAGGACGACAAAAUUUCAGACGAUGAGGAUGAAUCCAAAUCAAAGUCCAAGCACAAAAAUAAGCGCAAAAAUAAGGACAAGAAGAAGUCUAAGUCCAAGUCAAAGGACAAGACCGAUGGUGAGAAUCCCGAGAAAUAUGGCGAGGACGACGACAACAACGACAAAGACGAGGAAAUGGCAGACAAUAAGGAGGAGUCUCCGGUGAUAGUCCUGCCGUUUUGUCAUAAGUCACCGUUCGAAAAGCGAGAGGAAAGCCCACCUAUCAAGGUAACGGAGAUAUCAGAAGACAUGAGUGAUGUGCCGAUGCCAGAUAUGAGCUCGAGUGAAUCAAGCGGUGAUGAGGAGCGUGAACAUACUAAACUUAAUAGUAUUCAAGAAGAAGAGAUUGAUGCUAGUAUAUACUAUAAGUUGAUUGAUGAUGAUGAGAAGAUUCAUCCUGAUGAUUUUGAAGCGAGAAUUGCGCGUUGCGAGGAAGCCUUAGAAGAAGCGAAUGAUAAGAUUUCUCCUGUUAUUCAAGACCGACUAAAUCUUCUCGAAGCGCAGAGAGAUGAGCGAGAUGAACUAAUGGAUAAAUGGCCUGAUCUCACUUACUCUGUCGUGCGGCGAUUGGACUUUUUCGAACGACUCAAAGCGUUUCUUAUGAAAGAUGGAGAUCCUAAUCAGGUAAUCUCCUGUAUUAACGCUAUAGUGAAGACUUAUAAGUCCAAAAAGCUUCAGUGGGUUCCAGGAUAUGUGACAUACUGGUCAUAUGGGAAACAGCUCACCCAACUACGAACUUUUGAUUGGGACGAGUUUCUGAGGUGGAAUUUCAAAUAUAAGGGUGCCAAAGGAUUUUGGGUAGAAGGACUGCGUGAUACCCCUGUUCGCCAGUUCUUGCAACAGCGAGUCUGCUGGCGCACGAGAUAUGAUACUUUCCAGGACCUUGAUGUUAAGGUUCCAGUUGGUCUUAAAUUCAUUCUACCACCCCUAGAUAGUGGGCUACCAGACGCCAACACAAACAUCAUACCGGGCCGCUUCACACGUGCGGAGACAGAAAGAUGGACUGGUACUGUGCCGCGUGGGACACCUGGUGAACCCCUAAUUCCUGCCAAUCCGCCCCAUGGCGGAGAAAGGAAGCCUCUCUACACAGUUAUUCCAGCCAAUCCACGGAAUCAACAAACUUCCGGCCCACCAGAUACAGACCAAAUUAAGGGUAACACAUCUGUUCUUUUUUGGAUGACUGAUGAUACUGGAGCCGACGUGUGCUCUAUACAAGAGAGGGACUUGGCUCAGCUUUAUCACGUCAAAGAUACGCAUGAAGAUCCAGCCGUUGCGCAAUCCCAACCGCCUCUCCUUGGUUACUAUGAAAUGAGAGGUGCAGGUAGCGGCGCUCCACAUAGAUUUGAGCCGUGCAGGGCCAUGAGGAUUCAGUGUUACUCCAGCAAUGAUUACAGAGGCCGUCUCUUUGGAAUGCUCAAGCAAGCUGAGAUUAUAGAGGUUCUCAUUACGAAAAACCCUACCAAUCCCUUUGAUACGCCAGUGAGAAUCCUGGGACCUUGGCUGAGGCACAGAUUCUAUACUGCGACAUCUCCGGAUCGCUCAGGUCGUUUGUGGAUUUUCAAGAGACAUUCUCAGCUCGGGAAUGUGCACAAGGCGGAUCCACCUUACUCGGGGGCGUUUCCGGUGGUCAAUAAUUUAAGAAUCGGACGAGAUCACCCAGCGGCGGAAGAGGAGCUCACUAUUCCUCCCUAA